ACUGCUCGGUACUCCACCUCCCAAUCGCGACUCCGCCCGGCCGCCGCACGCUCGCCCGCCUCCAUCUGCGUCGCAUCCACGCGCUUGGCCUCCGACUGCCCUCCGUCCGGAAGCCGCACGCUCGCCUCCUCUCUCGCCGAGCGCACCGGCCGCCGCCCCGCCGCGCUGCAGAUCCGAGCUCUCCGGCCGCCGCCCCGUCGCGGUCCAGCGCCAAUCUCCUCCGCGCCUCUCCAUCGGGGCGUGCCCCUCGGCUCUGCGACGGAUUCCACCGCGUCCGUCGUGCCCCUCGGAUUCCACCGCGGCCGCCGUGCGCCUCGGACCCGCGCGGCGUGCCUCUCCGCCGCGCCUCGCUCGCCGGAGACCCGUCUCACCCGCUUGCCGUGCCUUCUCUGCGCUGGAGCGGUUCCUAACCUACGAACUGCUCAGGCCGCGCCCCUCCUGCGGCUCACCGCGCGGCAGGAUCUGCUCCGGCUCGAGACCUUCGCCGUCGGCUCCACAUCAGUGUUGUUCUCCUCUCGAAAAGGACCACAGAAGCUCAGGUCCUUGCAGCCGGUGCUCCCAAACAGAGGCAGUCAGCUGAAUCGAGAUACAAAAGAUUUGCGAGGAUUUCAGUGGCCUUCUCGACCACCGUCAACGCCUGCAGUCCUAUUGGCGUUUGGAGAAUCUGCUUCUGGACAUAUGGUACCAGCAUAUUAGAGAAGUUGUAUACUAUCUUGAUUCUUCAAUUCAUCUUGCAUUUAAAUGAUGGUUUUAUUAUCCCUCGAAAGGUACUGAUUUGUCAUAUGCAUGCUUCAGAGGAGAAAGUUUGUCACGGGUGCCUGACGAGCCACACUACUGUGCCGUCGUGUCACCUUCUAAACCCAUAUAAUUCCCUACCCAAUUCCCUUCCAUAAACCCCUCUUGCAAUUGCAAGGGGUUGCAAGUAGCCAAGUAGCCUAUUCCCCCAGAGAAAUUUCAUCCCACGCCGACGCCGAAGGCCCAACCGACCGCAUCGAUGCCGUCAAUCGCCGGCGGCGGGCCCGGGCGCCUCUUUGCAGCGCACCGGGGCGUGAUCUGGUGGCUCCGCCGCCGCCAGCACCCGCCUUUCUCCUCCCUCGCCGGCGGGGGAUGCCGAGGCGACGCGCCGCAUCUGCCGGUGCUCAUCGUCGGAGCUGGGCCCGUCGGGCUCGUCCUCUCCUUCCUCCUCACCAAAUUCGGGAUCAAAUGCGCGGUGAUAGAGAAGAAUGUGGAGUUCACUCGGCACCCCCGAGCGCACUUCAUCAACAACCGCACAAUGGAGAUCUUCCGCAAGUUGGAUGGCUUGGCUGGGGACAUCGAGAGGUCCCAGCCCCCAGUGGAUUUGUGGAGGAAGUUCGUCUACUGUACUUCACUCUCCGGUUCCGUUCUCGGAUCGGUUGAUCACAUGAAGCCCGAAGAUUUUGACAAGGUCAUUAGUCCUAUAUCAGUUGCACACUUCUCACAGUACAAGUUAGUUGAUUUGUUACUCAAGAAGCUAGAAGCUAUUGGUUUCCAGACAUGCUUUCCCAGUGAGAUUGGUAUCUCAACACAGGAUGUGGAGCUGGAAAGCAAGAUAUUGAUGGGACAUGAGUGCACAUCCCUUCAGCAGACUGAUGAGGGCAUUUUGGUUGGAACAUCAGUUAACAAUGGGGAGAGGAUACUAGAGAGAAAACUACACUGUGGUAUUCUACUAGGGACAGAUGGUGCGAGAAGCACAGUGCGUGAAUUGGCAGGCAUAUCUAUGGAGGGUGAAAGGGACUUGCAGAAACUGGUCAGUGUACAUUUUCUUAGCAGAGAUCUAGGCAGAUAUUUAUCUAGUCAGAGGCCUGGGAUGCUAUUCUUUGUUUUCAAUCCAGGCGCAAUUGGUGUGCUCGUUGCACAUGACCUGGAGCAUGGGGAAUUCGUAUUGCAGAUUCCAUUUUAUCCUCCUCAGCAGAUGUUUGAAGAAUUCGGCUCUAAGGUAUGUGAGCAAAUUAUUGUCAAAUUAGUUGGAUGGGAGCCAGCAGAUGUUCAGGUUUUAGACAUAAAGCCAUGGGCGAUGCAUGCUGAAGUUGCAGAAAAGUACAUCAGCUGCAACAAUCGUGUAGUCCUUGCUGGUGAUGCUGCUCACCGUUUUCCUCCUGCCGGUGGUUUUGGAAUGAACACUGGUGUUCAGGAUGCACAUAAUUUGGCUUGGAAAUUGGGCUUAAUGCUGAAUGGUGUUGCUUCACCAUCAAUACUGCAAACUUAUGAAUCAGAGCGCCGACCUGUUGCAAUUUUCAAUACUGAACUAAGCGUGGAGAACUUCAAAGCAGCAAUGUCUAUUCCCGCAAGCCUUGGUCUUGAUCCAACUGUUGCAAACUCAGUGCAUCAAGUUAUCAACAGAAGCCUAGGAUCAAUCAUUCCAAGAAAUGUACAGAAGGCAGUGUUGGAAGGGUUGUUUUCCAUUGGUCGGGCACAAGUCUCAGAUUAUAUUCUGAACGAGAAAAAUCCCAUUGGGUCCUUGAGAUUAGCAAGGCUGAGAAGUAUUCUUGAUGAAGGAAAAAGUCUGCAGCUGCAGUUCCCUGCAGAGGAUCUUGGCUUCUGCUAUGAAGAAGGAGCACUAGUUACUGAAGAUUGCAGUCAGAAGACUCAGAAAGGAGUAAAACUAGAGCAUUCUGAGAGGACAUCAAGAGAGUACAUCCCAUCCGCUAAGGUUGGUUUGCGGCUACCUCACAUGCUUGUAAGAGCACUGCCUGCUUCAAGUGAGGGUGUGUUCUCAACAUUGGACCUGGUAAGUAUGGAUAAACUUGAGUUUGUACUCAUCAUCGCACCACUGAAAGAGUCAUAUGAGAUCGCCCGUGCUACCCUCAAGGUAGCAGAUGAGUUCAAGCUGUCAGUCAAAGUAUGUGUCAUGUGGCCUCAUGGCUCUGAUGACGUGGAAGUGGAGGAGAGCAGAUAUGUGCUAGCGCCCUGGACGAACUAUGUCAAUGUCGAGGAAUUGCCUAGGGUAUCUGGUAAUUCAUGGUGGGAGAUGUGUCGGAUUAGCAGGAAAAAUGUAAUUCUAGUUAGGCCUGAUGAGCACAUAGCAUGGAGAACGGAAUGGGACAUGGUGAGAGACGCUGAUUCUGAAGUUAGGGGAGUCUUUUCUCGAAUCCUGUGCCUCAAUGGUCACCACGUGUAGGGAUUUCCAUUCACUGCCUGAGUGAGUUUUACGGUGUCACUAAAUUAGUAUAGCAAAGAACCUGUUGUUGUGAUUAUAACCAAUAGGGAAUUGCAUUCAAGUAAAUGUUGCCAUGCACCUGGGACUGGGAUGAUGGUGAACACAUUUGAUCCCUAUUCAGCUUCUUUCUGGUGGAGUAGCA